GCCAAUUUACAAUGGUAUGACCUGGGCCCGCCAGCUACGGUGAACAGUGCUCAGCGCUCGGGUACACUUCUAAGCCAGUCUCCAAAGUAUUCCGCUAAUUCUACUCCUUGUUCUACUUCUGGGACGAAACCAGGGGUGUCUGUUGUACGGUGUUUGUGUACAGAUCGCCGGGACUUUGGCCUGGACUUGGCACGCUUGUGUGUACAGUUGCGGAAGUUGUGCCGAGAGAAACACUCGAACACCUACACCUGACUCGCCGCCUUCUCACAUACAGGAGCUCCUGUUGAAGCCUAUCGACCAUGGACGACCUUGAGCGGCAGUUGAAGCGGUUCCAGCAGCGGUACAAGGUGUUCAGUCAGCAGCAGCAGACGUUCACACAGGCGUUAGACAGGGCCAGAACCGACGCCUUCCAGAAGACGGCCGUUGUCCGCUCCAUUAACCAGAUCCUGGGCUGGCUGGAUCACGCCGUCCACAGCGCCACGGACCGCAGGAUCCUCAUGCUGUUCGUGGAUAUGUGCCGGGAUCUGGACAGAUUCAGGCAACAGGUAGAGGGUCACAACAUGGUCCGAGAGCAGCUGGACAGGAACCAGGGUCUGCGGAACUCCCUGGCCAAGUGGCGCACGCUCUGUAACAUCCACAACGACUGCGCCAACGUCAGGGUCACCUUCCCGCACGGAGAGGUCAACCACCUCAGCUGUGACGAGGCCAGGAACUACUUCGGCGGUGUGGUUAGCCUCAUUCCUGUGAUACUGGACACAAUCAACGAAGUCAUGGAGCACCUGUCGUCCCCCCGCCUGUCCUCCACGCAGAAGUCCAACACGUCCCAGCGGCUCUCCUCCCGGCAACACUCGGGACGACCGGCCCCGCUCGGCCACCCCAACGGCACCGUGGAGGAGCGCCACACGCGGUUCGCGCCGGAAGUGCAGCAGAUCCCGAUACUUGAAGGGAAGGCGCCGCAGCAGAGCCAGUAUCACGGCACUGAGGUGGAGGAUUUAUUGAAGGACAUGCAGCAGAUGAAAUGGGCAGCAUCUAGGAAACCAUGGAAACCAUAGGGCUUGGAAACGGGGCAACCGCACAACCACGAAACUCACCACUUGCAUUGUAAGAUAUAACCUUUGAAAAAUAGUGUCCGUGGAUACCGAGACAACAAAAGACCCAACUCAGACAGUAUAUCUUAUUAUAUGUUUACCAAAUACCAAUG